AUGUGCACCUUCCUGGACGCAGCCGUCAUUCCGACACCGGUCGCCUCGGCGCCGAGCUGGUGGCGGAGCUCCGCCCCGGCGCCCGUCUCGCCCUCGGGGGCUGGCCGCGGUCUCGCCCAGCGGAGCUCCGCGGCCGGCGCCGGUGCCGAGGCGGGCGCCGCGGUCGAGGACGGCGGGGCGGCCGUGUCCACCGCGCUGUCGAUCGGCGUGGCGCUGUGCGGGCAGGCCGACGCGCAGAGCAUCGCCGACUCCGCGGCGGCCGAGGGCGGCACGGCCACCAGCAACGUCCGCGCUGUUGCCCUCGACACGGCGCUCGACAAGUGCGUGCGGCCCUGCAGCGGCGUCGCCGCGCAGUGCUGCGAGACGACCCCCGCGCAGUGCGGCCGCCUCGACGUGCCGCAGCUGUCGUGGACGCGCGUCACCUCCCUCCAGGGCGCCACGCCGAACGUCGCCAUGUACAAGAACGGCGCGAUGGAGUCCGGCCCGGCGGCCUACUGCAAGUGCGGCGGGGGCGGCUUCAUCGAGCCGAGCGUUUCGGUCGCCCAGGCCACGAGCGUCGCGUUCUCGCUGUGCGACGACGCGACGGCCACGUCCAUCAGCGACGCGGUCGCGGAGGACGGCGGGCGCGCCACGAGCCGCACGCAGGCCAUGGCUCUCGACCUCAGCCUGGACAAGUGCGUCAGCGACUGCCCCAGCUGCUGGGAGAGGGAGACCGAGAUCGACGGAGUGCCCACGGGCGGCCGCGUCGUGUACAUCAAGUCGAUCUUCGCGGGGAGCCCGGCCGCGGGCAUCGCGGGAGGGCGGUGCGUGUGUCCGUAG